AUUCAAUUCGCUCUUCUUUACUUUACCCCCCAAAUCUCUCUCUCUCUCUCUCUCUCUCUCUCUUCAUUUUUUCUCGAGUUCCUUCGUUGCUUGCUCCGUCUGCGAUUAGAUAAAUUGAUUGAGAAACGAAUUUGGGAAGUCAAUUUUACACAAGUUUGCUUCUAAUUAACUCUUAUCUAAGAAGAAGAUUAAGUGGAAAAUUAGGGACUCAAGAGAUGAGUGUGCCUGUAGAAGGGGUUGCUGGUGGAGGCACAGCUUACGGGUUUAACGACGGUGGUCUUAAUUCAGAACCUCUUAAACAAUCUACGGACCCCACAGAGGUUCCUACUUCUGAUUUGGUUCACGUCUGGUGUAUGCCCAAUACUGUUAACGUCGGUUCCCAAGAAACGCCUCGACCUCUAGAAACUAUAAACCUUUUGGCCGCUAGAAACGAGAGAGAAAGUUUUCAGAUUGCCAUGCGUCCCAAAGUUUCUUGGGCUGGUUCUACCCCUUCCGGGAGUGUUCAGGUUCAGUGCAGUGACUUAUGCUCUUCAGCUGGGGACAGAUUGGUUGUUGGCCAGUCUCUAAAGUUGCGGCGAGUGGUGCCUGUCUUAGGUGUUCCUGACGCUCUGGUGCCUCUUACUCAACUUAGCUUACUUCCAGGAGAAACAAGUGUGAUUUGGGUCUCAAUAGACGUUCCUAAUGGGCAGCCUCCUGGUCAAUAUGAAGGAGAGAUUACUGUUUCUGCAAUGAAGACGGAUGGAGGCUGUUCUGAUAACUUGGGAAAGCAUGAGAAGGAUCAGCUAUGUGUGGAACUUAAGAACUGUCUGGAUAUUAUGGAACCGAUAGAAGGAAAACCCAUGGACGAAGUGGUAGAAAGAAUAAAAUGUGCAAGUUCGUCAUUAAGAAGAAUUCUCUUCUCUCCAUCAUUCGCGGAGUUCAUUUCUACAAAUGGAUCCUCUGAUAUGAUGGAAGAAGAUGCUGUGUCAAACCUUGCAGUGCGUAUUAAGCUAAGAUUGACAGUUUGGGAAUUUAUUAUUCCAGUGACUCCAUCACUCCCCGCUGUCAUCGGCGUCUCUGAUACUGUAAUCGAGGAUCGUUUUGGUGUUGAACAUGGAAGUGAAAAGUGGUACGAGAAACUGGAUCUUCAUUUCAAGUGGCUUCUUCAGUAUCGUAUCAGUCCAUACUUCUGCAAAUGGGGUGAAAAUAUGCGUGUCUUGACAUACACCUCACCAUGGCCUGCCGAGCAUCCCAAGUCUGAUGAAUAUUUCUCUGAUCCAAGGCUUGCGGCUUAUGCAGUACCUUAUAGACAAGUUAUAGCAGGGGAUGAUUCAAGGGAAAUUUACCUGCGGAAAGAAGUUGAGAUAUUGAGGAGUAAACCCCACUGGAAUAAAGCUUACUUUUACUUGUGGGAUGAGCCACUGAAUAUGGAUCACUUUCAUAACGUUCGCAAGAUGGCUAGUGAAAUUUACGCCUAUGCCCCGGAUGCCCGGGUUUUGACUACUUACUACUGUGGUCCGGGUGAUGCGCCUCUUGCACCAACGCCCUUUGAAUCUUUUGUCAAAGUUCCAAAUCUGCUUCGACCCCAUACUCAGAUAUACUGCACAAGUGAAUGGGUGCUUGGUAACCGGGAAGAUUUGGUGAAAGAUAUUGUGGAGGGAUUGCAGUUAGAGAAUCGUGAGGAAUGGUGGACAUACAUAUGCCUUGGACCUACAGAUCCUCACCCAAAUUGGCACUUAGGGAUGCGUGGGACGCAGCACCGUGCAGUGAUGUGGCGUGUGUGGAAAGAAGGUGGAACGGGAUUCUUGUACUGGGGUGCAAACUGCUAUGAGAAGGCAACCGUUCCAAGCGCUGAGGUAAGGUUUAGGCGCGGCCUUCCUCCUGGUGAUGGUGUUCUUUACUACCCGGGUGAAGUUUUCUCAUCAUCCUCAGAGCCAGUUGCUUCACUUAGGCUAGAGCGUCUUCUUAGUGGCUUACAGGAUUAUGAGUACUUGAAGCUGUACGAGUCAAAAUACGGAAGAGAGGAAGCUAUGGGUCUAUUGGAGAAGACAGGGGUGUACAUGGGGCCUGAGCGAUACACUUUGGAACAUAGACCAAUCGAUGUAUUGCGGGGAGAAGUGUACAACGCAUGUAGACCUUCUUAGAGUAAUGUUAUGAGAACGUUUUUGUAUCUACUACCUAUAUAGAGACGCUCCCUCGAUUACGCCUACUUUAUAAUAUAAUAUAUAGAACAAGAAUAAAGUCUUAGAAAAA